AUGGAAAGAGUAAUCCCACCUCCUGUGGUUAAUUAUACUGCAUUUUAUGGAAAUGUGACCGAGAAAUCUAAGCAAGACUACUACAUCACAAGGAUGAGUAUUGAGAUUGUGAUGCUUCUGUGUUUUAGUUUUUUCUUGUGCUUUGUCACCAAAAUAUUGGGUGCCUUCUUCACGACACCCUCCAUCCGCGAAAAUGCCCGCUACAUCCUCUUUGUCCAUAUGCUGAUUAACGAUACUUUGUACCUAGUAUUGGGGUGCUUACUUGUCGUGUUCAACAUCCAUACAGUCUAUAUACCUGGGUCUCUUUGUAUUGCCAUGUACACCUUGGCCUCACUUACUUUUAGAAUUACACCUUCUAACAUAGCUUUCAUGUCUCUUGAACGCUACGUGGCCAUUUGCUUCCCAUUGCGACAUGUGGAAUUGUGUACUGUUCAUAGAGCUAAUAUCACCGUUGUGAUAAUAUGGAUUUCAGGAUUGCUUCCAAACAUUGCUGAAUGCAUUGCAAUGAUUCCAUCACUUCCUAAACUUUUCUCCAUGUCUAUGGUGUGCAGCAAGGAAGGUCUUCAAUCAAAUUCAGUAAAAAGCAUUAUAGAAUCCUUCUCAGUUUUCUUUACCUUUGCACUGGUCGGACUUGUAAUACUAUAUACCUACACCAAGGUUAUGAUAAUAGCUCGAAAAAUGACUUCAGGCAAGCUGGCUGCCCAUAAGGCUGGAAAAACUGUAAUGCUCCACGCUUUCCAACUCCUGUUGUAUGUGACAUCUCUAUUUACAGCUCUUACAGAAAAAUAUCCUAACGACUUCGUUGACUAUAUACCAUUAGCCAAAUUCUUGAUAUUUACAUGUCUGCCAAGGUUUCUUAGUCCUGUCAUUUAUGGAAUUAGAGAUGAAUUGUUGUACAAGCAUAUAAAAAAGUGGAACCCUACAAAUAAUUAA